GAUGCCGGAGGGCUUCAAGAAAGCCAAGGAUGCCUUAGAAGAGUCGCUCUCGCUUAAGAACUGGAGCUGCAGCUCUCACCGCUUCCCCAGGACCCGGGACCUGAGGCAGCGGCAGGUGUGGGAGCGCCCUGUGGCCUUGGAGGCAGAGUUAGACCUGACGCUGAAGGUCCUGGGUGCUGUGGCAGACUCGUCCUCGGGGGUCAUCCUGGACCAGCCGCUGCACACGUUGCGCCACAUCCACUCCGAGCUUCAGGCUUGCAUCCCGGCUCGGCCCACAGCAGAAUCCCAGCCCCACCGCCUCCACCACUGGCUGUGCCGGCUCCAGGAGGCCACAAAGGAGGAGUCCCAAGGCUGUCUCGAGGCCUCUGUCACAUUCAACCUCUUCUGCCUCCUCAUGAGGGAUCUGAGAAUUGUUGCCAGUGGAGACCUGCAUAUCUGAAAACCUGGACCCAGACCUUACUUAUGCACUAAGCCCCAACCCUGCCUUAAGUUAUUUCCUCUAAUCCUUUAUUUAUGGAGCUGCAGAAGAAAUGUUUAUUUUUCUACUUUUGUACAACAUGUUCAAACAAACAGUAAGAAACUGUAAAAAAAAAAAAAAGAAGAGCCAGCUGCCAAUUUUCAGGAGGUUGAGAGAACAGAGGAACGUGAUAAACAACAGCAGAGGAUGCAAUCAGCAAAAUGUAGACUCUGGCAAACUGAAGGACAAACAAUCCGAUUUCUUCAACAAAUACAUUUCAAGGGAAAAGAAGAGAAAGAGGAAAAUGUCCUUCUAUAGGGACAGCCUUUAGGAUAAAUGUGAUUUAAAGAUCUAUCCACUGCCACAACAUGAGACCUUAUUUGGGCCCCAACGCAAACACACAGUUUUAAAAGUAUGCACUUCUAAGACAAUUGGACCUGCGAACAGUGAUUGGGUAUUUGUUACAAUUAAGAAACUGUUAUAAAAAUUUAGAUGUGAUCAUGGUAUUGUUUUAAAAGUCCUUGUCUUUUAGAUACAGGUACUGAAAUGUUCACAAGUGAAACAGAUGUCUGGAAUUUGCUUCUAAGAAACUUAGGAGUGGGGAAAGUGGA